AUGCCGGGCUGCAACCAUUGGUUCAAAAACUGGUCAGGGCUCACUCAGCACAAGCACAGCCAUCUGUGCCUCAACCACUUUCGAGGGUCUUGGAGUUACUCUGAACAGGACCACAGUUUAAAUUCCAUACCCCCAGUAGCCAAACAUGUUCUAGAUUAUGAUGAUGGUCCACAUGACUUCAACCACAGCACAACAUUGGAUCAGGAACUGGAUGGAAUGAUCACAAAAUUCAUUGGUCCUGGCAACAAGGUUUACUGCAAUUAUCAUGCAGGUCUUAAUGCACAAAGGUGUGACUCCCAGGGCCAUUUUCUACCAGAUGAUGCUCUGCUGCUGCUUUGUAUACUGGGAUUGCUGGAUGAUUGGGCUCCAUACCACAAUCAAUUAGAAUUUGAACUUGCCAAGUUUCUUUUCAAACAUGCAGAAAUGCCAGCGAACCAAAUCAACAUGUUGCUUGAAAUCUGGGCUGCCUCAUUGCUCGAGUUAGGUGGCAAUCCACUAUUUGCCAACCACACAGAUCUCUAUCAUGUGAUAGACAGCAUGUCUGUUGGUGCAGUCAAGUGGGAAAACUUCAAGAUCACUUACAAGUGCAAGUGGGAUGUACAGGAUGAACCAGAUGAACAGGAUGAAGUGAUCAAACUGGGCAGUCAGGAUGGUCAGGAUGGCCAAGAUGGCCAAGAUGAACCUGAGGCCCCUUGGAUGUUUGACAUCUAUGAUGUAUGGUAUCUAUUGGCAGAGGAAUGA